AUGCAAAUACACAUAUGUGGAAAUUCAUAUCAACCAAACACAUCCAUCUAUCUAUCUAUCUAUCUAUCUAUCUAUCUAUCUAUCUAUUUCUGUCAGUUCAUAUAUAUCUAUUGUGAUCUGUUCAUUAUUUCUCUCUUUCUAUCGCCAUCUGUACAUUAUCUAUCUAUCUAUCUAUCUAUCUAUCUAUCUAUCUAUCUAUCUAUCUAUCUAUCUCAGUCUGUUCAUUAUCUCUCUCUCUCUAUAUCUAUCUACCUACCUAUCUCAGUCUAUUCAUAUCUAUCUAUUGCGAUCUGUUCAUUAUCCCUCUCUAUCUAUCUAUCAUAUCUAUCUAUCUAUCUAUCUUCUAUCUAUCGCAAUUUGUUCAUUAUCUAUCUAUCUCUCGAUCUGUUCAAUCUCUCUCUUUCUCUAACUAUCACACUCUGUUCUUAUUCAUUAUCUACAUUAUCUAUCUAUCUAUCUAUCUAUCUAUCUAUCUAUCUAUCUAUCUAUUUAUCUAUGCCUUUCACCUGA